CAGCUUGCAAAAAGGAUAUCCCAUUAAUAUUUGCAUAAUAUCAGCUUACAAGUAAAACCCAACUAAAACAAGGGAACUAUCUUUAAGGGUGUCGCGGCCUGACAUGUAGACGACGACUUCCCAAAACCAAAAACAUACAUUUCACACUCUCAUCAUGCACAACGAACUACAGACAGAGCACCACUACAGGAAGGUGCGUUUAAAAGGCAGGUGGAAUUUUAGCCAGGCUUUAAGUGUUAAUAUAGGAAAGUUCGUAAUACUCACUACUCUUAUCUGCGCUGUGUCUUCUAAUCGCCCGCCUCGUUUUGCUAUCGAUGGUCAGUCUGAGAUUGUUUUGCGACUGAAAGAGAGUCCUGAAACGAAAGUGGGUAGCUUAAUAUAUACGCUGAAAGGCUAUGAUCCGGAUAAUGAUCCGCUGACAUUUGGAAAGCGUAAUUCGCAUGACAGCGAAAUCAUACGCAUAGAGAACACUGGCGGCAAUGAGGCCAAAGUGUAUUUGGCCAAAGAAUUGGAUCGCGAGAGCCAGGACGAGUAUGCCAUAGUGUUGACCCUGACGGAUAGUCAUUAUUCCGAUCAUAAUUAUGUGACGCAGAGUUUUCUAUUGCUGGUGGAGGACAUUAAUGACAAUUCGCCCAUUUUUCUACCCUAUCAAAAUGCCAUUGAAAUACCCGAAGGCACAGAACCUACAGUGAUUAGUACUCUGGAGGCCACCGAUGCCGAUGAGGGAGCCUACGGUCAGGUUGUGUAUUAUCUACAGGAGCUGGAUGGUGACAAUGAUGUAUUCAGCAUAUCCACCCAUCAGGGCAAGGGAGUUCUACGACUCCAAAAGGAACUGGACUAUGAGACCAAGAGCUUGUAUCAACUGCGUGUAUUGGCCGUGGAUCGGGCCAAUCAAGGACCAGUGAAUACAGGAACUGCAGCCAUAUUGGUCAAAGUGAAGGACAUUGAAGAUCAACCACCAGAAUUUGUUGAAGUUCAGGCCGUGGCACGCAUUGCCGAGGAUGCACCGGUGGGCACCAGAGUCCUGCGAGUUCGAGCUAUUGAUGGAGAUCGUGGCGUUAAUAAUCCCAUAGCUUAUAGCCUUGAGGCCAAUGAUCUCUUCGAUAUCGAUCGGCAUACAGGUGUAGUCUACACGCUGACCGAGUUGGAUCGCGAAGAACAAGCAGAACAAGUGAAUGGAGCCCACAUUUUGAGAAUUACAGCCUCAGAGCUGUCAGCGGGAGGACAAUCUGCUCCUUCUACAGUUCGAACUGAGGUGACGGUCAUUGUGAGCGAUGUCAACGAUGAGAUACCAACUUUUGGUGAAACUGUCUAUCGUUGUGAGAUAAAUGAGAAUGCCCAAACAAACACACCAUUGGGAUUCAUUGAUGAGGAUGUCCAGAAUUUUGUAUUCGAUCAUGAUGAGGGCAAUAAUGGGACAUUUCGUCUGUUUCUCGAUCCACCCAAUGAUCUGUUUGAAAUAGUACCAGAAUUGGCGGUGAAUGAGGCAAAUUUCAUGUUACGGGUCAAGAAUUCCAAAUCUCUGGAUUUUGAGCAAUUUGUCGAGGUGAAUUUUACGAUAUUCGCACGGGAAAUCGACGAGCCAAGUCGUUAUAGCUCGGCUCAUGUGCAAAUUUUUAUACGUGAUCAAAACGACAACUAUCCAGAAUUCACACAGACUAUAUAUAAUGCCAGUGUCCUGGAGAAUAGCGAACUGGGCACCAUUAUAACCAAAGUGGAGGCAACGGAUGUGGAUUCCGGUGACUUCGGCAGCAUGGGUAUACGUUAUACCAACUUGAGAGGCGGUAUAGCUCAUUUACUACAUUUAAAUCCCAUAACUGGAGUGAUUACUAUCAAGCAGACUGGAAGCACGGCCUUUGAUCGUGAAAUUAUUUCACGGCAUUAUCUGACCGUUGAGGCCAUCGAUAAUAUAGGUCAGGGUAAUCGUAAUACUGCCCAGAUUAUUGUCGAUGUUCAAGAUGUCAAUGAUAAUGCCCCAACAUUUCUUCAGCGGCAAUAUGAGACGAAACUUUUGGAGAAUAAAAACGAAUUUGAGACACCAUUGCAAGUGGAGGCACGAGAUUUGGAUCUAAAUGGCACCGAGAAUAGUCAAAUAACUUAUGAAAUUGUUGAGGGAUUGUAUAGGUUGAAUUUCACAAUUAAUCCAAGGAGUGGCUUAGUGCAACCUUUGCAUCACUUCGACUACGAGGAUCUUGUGGAGAGUAGUAAUCGUCGACAUCUGCGCGAGGCUAAUGUGGGCAUGCGAGAGAUUGAUCUGCUUAUACGUGCCCGAGAUUCAGGCAUACCCAUGCUGUCCACCGUGGUGCCAGUUCUCAUCUAUGUCCAAGAUGUCAACGAUAAUCCCCCAAUUUUUCAGAAAAGUUUCUACGCCAAGACAGUGCCUGAGGAUUUACCCGGCGGUAGCUCAAUUCUACAGGUUCUGGCGAUUGAUCGUGAUGGCUCAUCGCCAAAUAAUGCUGUGGUCUAUCGCAUACAAAUGGGAGCCAGCGAUAAGUUUAUUAUCAACUCUGAAUCUGGAAUUAUAUCUGUGGCUCAGGGGGCAAAUUUGGAUCCAGAUCUGACGGAUAAUAAGCAAACCCUCUACACACUCACUGUGCUUGCUCUUGAUGGUGGACUGGGCAAUUCACAGCUAAUGAAUACGGCAACUGUAAAUAUUAGUAUACAGGAUGUGAAUAAUAAGCUUCCCGUGCUUGGUGAGAUGAGCCAAGUGAAAAUUAUGGAAAAUACUCCAGUUGGUGUCUCAGUAUAUCGAUUGAAGGCCACCGAUCUGGAUGAGAAUUGCAUCUUGCGCUAUAAAUUGAAUACAGACCACUGCGAGGCCCGGAAUGAGGAGGGUGGUCUUAUCAAGCUGAGUGAAUACGACUAUUUGGGCGCCUUUGAGUUGGAUCCCAUUGAAGGCAAUCUCAAGGUUGUCAAACUAUUGGAUCGCGAAAAGGUGGAGCACAUCAAAUUGGCCAUCACUGUGGAGGAUCUAGCUGCUGCCAAGGGCAAACAAGUGGUCGAAGGCUUUCUCAGUAUACAAGUACUUGAUGAGAACGACAAUAAUCCGAAAUUUAAGCAACCCUUUUAUCGUCAAUCGAUUACCGAGAACAGUAUUAACGGUGUAAUGAUAGCCAAUGUAUUGGCCUACGAUUUGGAUAAAAAUCGCACUAUAACCUAUACCCUAGAGGUUAAUCCGAUAUAUCGUAAUCUCAUUCAUUUGGAUGCCCAAACAGGGGAAAUUGUCGUGGCCAAUAAAAUCGAUCAUGAGCAGCAUCAAUGGCUGAAUUUCAGUGUACGAGCCACGGAUUCGGGUCAACCACCACGAUCUUCAUUGGUGGAGGUCUAUGUCACGGUACUGGAUGAAAACGACAAUAAUCCUUACUUUAUAGGCGGCAGCAAGAACUAUACGAUCAGUGAGAAUGCUCCACUCGGCACUAGAGUGGCCACCAUUCAGGCAGCCGAUGCAGAUGCUGGGGACUUUGGCAAAAUCACCUUCCUAAUGGAUCGCCUUAGUUCUCAGGGCAAAUUCACCAUAGAUGCGGAUACAGGUGUGCUAACGGUGGCCGAUCGUCUCGAUCGUGAGACAAAGAACUCUUAUAAUCUGGUCAUCGAAGCGUGGGAUAAUUAUCAAUUUGGUUUCCUUGCCGGCGAGAGUCGUAAUGCCUUCAAGCAAGUCUUUAUAAGUAUUUUGGAUGAGAAUGACAAUGCACCUGAAGUUAGCUUGCCCACAACUUGUGUACUGAUCACAGAAUAUCAUGAGCUGCACGAGCGCAUAGCCAGCAUUGUGGCCAAAGAUGCCGACGAUCCGUCCACACCGAAUGGACGUCUCGAUUUUGCCAUUACACAAGGCAACAAAGAUGGACUCUUUGAGCUGAGGCAAUUGGAUGACUGGAAUGCUCACAUUUUUGCCAGCAAAACAUUGCGCAAUAGAUAUGGAAACUAUAGUCUCACCAUAACGACUAGAGAUCUUGGCGUACCAUCCAAUGUAGUGCAGAGUACUCUGGACAUUUGUGUGGCAGACUAUAAUGAUCAUGCUCCUGUAUUUGUACGUCCAUUGCAUAAUACGACAGUCAGAAUUCCAGAGAAUGCCACAGUCGGGACAAUGAUACUCCAAGUCUAUGCCAAUGAUGCGGAUAUGGGACAAAAUGCUCUAGUUCGUUACCGUCUAAAGCCCGAUCCCUUGGGUAGUUAUAAAAUGUUUGAUUUGCAUAGCAGCACGGGAGAACUAUUGCUAAAGGAACCUCUGAAUCGGGAAAAACAAAAAAUUCAUGAGAUACGCAUAGAGGCCUAUGAUCAGGGAUUACCCACAUCAUUAAGCAGUGAUCUGGAUCUAAGCAUUUAUGUUCGCAAUGUGAAUGACUAUGAGCCACAGUUUAUAACCAAUGAGAUUCAUGUAAACUUCACCGAACACUCUGAUCCUGGUGCCGAGCGCAUUAAGCUACCCGAUACUAUUGAUAAGGAUCAAUUGGAUCUCGAUGAUCCAGAUGAAACGCCCAGUCAGGUUUGCUAUUUUAUAGUACAGGGAAACGAGGAUGGCUACUUUCAUCUUGAUCCAGAGACACAUGUACUAACUGUGCACCGGGAAUUGGAUAGAGAAUUGUUAGCCAAUUACACGCUUCAUGUCAAGGCGACUGAGAAUUGUGGCAAUGCAUCGCUUCCACCCGGUGGCCAACGUCGUCGCAUGGGUAUAGAGAUUAGUAAUGGAUUAAGUGGUUAUUUGCAUAAUCCACUAAAGUCCACAGGCUACAAUCGUUAUCAACAUUCACGACAGUUGCGUGAACUGCCAAACGAUGAGGAUUAUGAGCCAGAAGUGCUUUCCUCCUAUGAGAACUAUGAGAACAGCGGCGAAGAGAGGGAGGAAGAACCACCAACAGCUGCCUUGGUGGAUAGGCCAAAUGCGAAUGGAGAUAGCACAAUUAUAAAAGUUCAUGUACGUGUCCUUGACAUUAACGAUAAUCCGCCACGUUUUCGGUCCAAAAUCUUCACUGGCGGCAUUACAACUAAUGCGGAUUUCGGACUAAAAUUCAUGCGGGUCGAAGCCUUCGAUGCAGAUGAGGGGCUCAAUGGCAAAAUUGGUUACUAUCAGGUUGGCGAUAUUAGACAAACAUUGUCCGAGGGUCUGGAAAAUGUACGCAAGGCUCCAUUUCUUGUCGACGCCGAGACGGGAGAUGUCCAAUUGAAUUUCGAUCCACAAAAGGGUAUGAAAGGAUACUUUGAUUUCAUGGUACUGGCCAAUGAUACGCUUGGAAUGAGGGAUGUGGCUCACGUAUUUAUCUAUUUACUGCGAGAGGAUCAGAAAGUGCGCUUUGUAUUCCGUCUGCAGCCAGAUGAAUUACGUUCACGGGUUGGCACAUUCAGAGAUACCCUUGGCAACAUCACCGAAUCCAUUGUCAACAUUGAUGAGAUCAAAGUGCAUGAAAAUAAAGAUGGUUCGGUGGACAAGACGAAAACCGACCUCUACAUGCAUCUAGUCGAGCGCGAGGAUAACUCCAUUUACGAGGUAACAGAUGUGCUCAAACUAAUCGAUACCCAUAUCGAGAGUCUGGACGAAUUGUUCAAGGAUUUAAAUGUACUGGACACACAGCCAGCGGCUGAGGCCCAACUCCUGACAGCGGGCCCAACCAAGGGUCCAGUGUUUGUGUGGCUAAUUUUCACGAAUCUAUUUAUGGCCACUCUUCUGGUGGUCACUCUGGCGCUAUGUGCCUCACAACGAAACGGCUAUCGCAGACAAUUGCGGGCAGCCAAAGUGAAUAUCCUGCGUGGACACUCUUCAAUGUCCAUGCAGCAGAGCCAUGAACCAGCCACAAGAGUUCCCAAUACUAAUAAGCAUAGUGUUCAGGGCUCUAAUCCCAUUUGGCUAAAGGGCUAUGAGAACGAAUGGUUUAAAACUAUCGAGGAGACGGUGAGCGUAAGUGGUCAUGAUUCCCUGGACGACAAUUUUCUGGCAGUAACUGGCGGCGGCAGCGGGGGCGGUACUCAGGAUAUACACGAAACCCUCAAGGGCACCGCAAAGCUCUUUAACAACACCAACGAUCUAAAUCGGCACUUUAAUUUAUACAAUCAAAUAGAUAAGCUAACGAAUAAUGCCCAAAUAUUGGCACGUAAACUGGAGACCACGGAACUAUGACCCGGUUACUACUAUUUAUAUAAAGUUCUUAUUUAAGUGUAGCCCUUAAGAAUAGCGUGUAGA